UCGCGACUACGUUCACCCCCACUCACCUACUUUCACCUUCACACUGCAAACCUGAGAAUAGCCAAGACACUUAUUGCAUAAAGUCUUACUCCAACCCUUUGCUAUAUCUCCAUGGACAGGCGCAACCAUUCACAGUCCCCGGCACAAGCACGUAAACGCUAUGCUUCGGCAACACCAAUCUCUAGUUUCACAAGUUCGCAAGACACUAUUGCAAGUGACUCUAAAAGUGAUACGGAAGAAAAGGCUUCAACUCUAGGCCCCUCUGAACAACCAUCAAGAAUGAAAUCUUCGUCUUUCGAUUCUGGUUUUACUUCCUCGCAGCUCGCCAACGAUACCGACAGUUCCCUCUCACCCGACCACUCUCAUCAACGACGUUCAGAGCUUCUUGAGGGGGUUUCGAUUCACACCCCACCAGCAGUGGCCACCUUUGCGGGCAUGGUCACAAAGGGGUCUUUGACUCCCUCUAUUGAUCAUGAGACGUCUAAUAAUGGCACAAUGGUGCAUACACCCAUUGUUCAACUUCAUCAACUUGGCUGACAUACCUGUAGAUUUUUCCAUAUGCCGCAAAUGGUUUCCAACAUCCUCCGUUUACAGCGUUAGGUAAUUAUGCACCAAAAGAUCUCUUUCCCAUUUUUGAGACCGGCGAUGUCUUCAUCGAGACAAAACUGGUCACUCCACCGAAACAAUGGCGACUGCAUAGUGAGGUACUUGCGCGAUUCUCAUCAUGGUUCGCCAGAGCUUUAUCAGGCA